UCUUGAAGGAACUGUGGCAGGCAUGGUUGUCAGAGCAUGGUUAAUCUGUGUGCUGCUUCUGGAGCUCUGGUGCCGGAGAUAUCACACUGGAGCACUUUCUGUCUCUCAGGAAGGAGAGUUGUCCCUAAGCGAAGCUGCCUCGCCUCCUGAUAAGAUCAGCAAGGUGGCUCAGCACCAUCCCGAUGUCUUUCUCAUCCGGAAUCAGCUGGGCACUCAAGCGAGGCCCUACAGCCUGUCCCUCUCCUCUGAUGACUACCACCACUACUUGCCAAAACCCAAGCGCCUGCGUGCCCCCCGGCUGAUGAAACUGCUGGGCUCUUCCUAUGACCCCUUCUGGAUGUCUCUUGAGGACCCCCGGGGCCAGAACACAAGCCUAAAAGAACUGGGCGCCCUGAGCCAGGACGUGGCUGAAUGCACAACCCGAUUUAGGAAGAAACUCCUGCAGGAGGCGGAGGGAUUAGAUUUUUCCAAGCUGCUGCCUCCUAAGGAUGGGACCCACCACAAUCUGAGCCAAGUCCUCAUCCACCGCUUCCACCGCUGGCUCGUGGAUAGCGCUACUUGCCAUCUGACCUCUUCCUGGGUGGAUAUGGGACCCAUCUUCUGGCCACGUUGGAUACGCCAUACAGACUGUGAUCUCACUCAUGUCGGAUGCUCUUGGCCUCCAGGCAUGACUUGCCGGCCUGCCCAAGUCACCCACAUCAAAUUCCUAGCGUGGCAUUGUUGGGUAAGCAAAGAUACCCUGAGGCCUGGGAAGUCCCUUCAGCAAUGUGCUUGGAGGCAAGUCCCUUACCCUGUGGUGGCUGCGUGCAAGUGUUCCUGCUGAUGACAAGAUGACGGGGGGGGAGGGGAGUUGCAUUGCCAGCUCUAGAUUUCUUAAGGGUUUUGCUGCCAUUUCCCAAUGUGUUGAAAUCUGCACAGAUGAAACAGUCUCGAAGGAUCUGAACCAGAGGGCAAUUGUAUUGAGAGAUGACAGAAUGCAGUACCCUCUUUAUGAAGAUAUGAAAGACUGAGCCUUGGAGAUAUCUUUACAGUAAGGAAAGAAAACUAGCCUUUGGGAAUCACUGUCAUAUUUCAGGAAAGGAAGCCAAGGCAGUAAAAUGAUGUGGGGAACAGAGGGACCAGCACCUUUCACAGAUUGAUAUGCAUAAUGAUAAGUUGGCAGCAGAAACUGAAAAGAUUUCACCAUUGAUGUACUGGGAUGCAAUGUGCUUUGGUCUCAAGAAAUUGUGCUCAUCAUGCCUGAUGGGGGAACCUGAUAUUUCUGGGAAGAAAUCAAUGGGCUUAAUAAAGUGUUUGGGACUA